ACGCAACAUGUCAAUCAAUUUUUGACCUCAUCCAAGCCCCACCCGUUCACCCAGCAGCCUUUAUAAACUAGCUCUCAACAUUUUCUCAUCCUCACUGAUUGUUCCCUUCACCGAACGGUUGUCUCACGGGUCGGGUCUUCUGUCAGUCUCAACAACGCAACUCUAAAGCACCAUGUCCAACACCGAACGUACCUUCAUUGCCAUCAAGCCUGAUGGUGUCCAGAGGGGACUUGUGGGAGAUAUCAUUAAGCGCUUUGAGCAGAGGGGCUUCAGGCUUGUGGCCAUGAAGAUGAUCCAGGCAUCUGAGGACCACAUCAAGCAGCACUACAUUGACCUGAAGGACAUGCCUUUCUAUGGCGGCCUUUGCGCCUUCAUGCACUCCGGUCCCGUUGUUGCCAUGAUCUGGGAAGGCCUGAACGUUGUGAAGAACGGUAGAUUGAUGCUGGGAGAGACCAACCCUGCUGACUCCAAGCCCGGCAGCAUCCGCGGAGACUUCUGCAUCACGCUUGGAAGGAACAUCAUCCACGGCAGUGACUCCCUCGACAGUGCCAACAAGGAGAUCGCCUUGUGGUUCAAGCCAGAGGAGAUGGUCGAGUACAAGAGCUGCCAAAAUGGCUUCCUGUAUGAGUAAAUAAAAUGGAACUGGAAUCGUUUUCUCCUCACCCAUCAAACCCAUUCUGAAUGCUGUCUACCUGGAAUUUGUUUAAGUACUUUGAGCACUUAAAAAUGUCAAUAAAAAUCAUGGUGUAGAAUA